AUGCCGAUGAAACGGGGUCAUGUGUCGGCUCCUCAAAAUACGUUUAUUGAUACGAUUAUACGUAAAUUCGACUCACAAAAUCGACGUUUCCUCAUAUCAAAUGCCCAAUUAGCCAACAAACCAAUUAUUUAUUGCAACGAUGCAUUCUGUGAACUAAUUGGUUAUUCACGUGCUGAUAUCAUACAAAAAGCUUGUACCUGUGAAUUUCUCUAUGGCAAUGAAACAAGUGAAAAGGCAGUUAAGCAAAUUCGACAUGCUUUGCAAGGCAGUGAUGAAAAGGAAGUCGAUAUUAUUUUGUAUAAACACAACGGCAUGAAAUUUCGAUGUUCAGUUCUUAUCGCUCCGGUGAAAAAUGAAUCAUGCAAUAUUAUUCUAUACAUCCUGGAAUUCACGGAAAAUAAUGCUCGUAAUCAACAACGACGAAUGCCAAAAAUUCGUGAUUACUCAAUGAAUCCAUCUAUGGGUAUACGUAAUCGUUCAUGGUUACAUAUGCUGAAUCCAUUAGCAAAACAUAAAUCACAGGAUUUGCCAACAGCGGGAGCAAGUGACUUCGGCGGUUCUUCAUCGGUUGAUCCAACUGGUUAUAUCGCACUUAAUCAUAAGAAUACAACAACAAGUAUUCUAAUGGAUGAAACUAAUCCGUCGCCAACCAAAAAACCGACUUCUGAGUACGAAGCCAAUCAAGAAUUAUCGACCAGUUCCAAUCUUUUAUUAAAGCCUGAAAAUAAUAACCUCUGGAAUGCUAAUUCAAGUGAUCUAGAAUCAAUGAGAAAUCAAUCGCCGAGUUUAAGUAACAUCGCUGAAACUGUUCUAAAAAAAGAAAGCAAAGGAUCGAAAAAUGGAAUCAAACAUCGAUUUUUACCCAACAUACCGAGUCGUAUCGCGCAGAUCCUGUCCCUAGGAGAAGACAUUGUUCCUAAUUAUCGUUUACCGGAUAGUCGUCGUAUUCCACGUACAAUUAUCCUUCAUUAUUCGCCAUUCAAAGCAGGUUGGGAUUGGCUAAUCCUCCUACUUGUUAUUUAUACAGCAAUUGUUACACCAUAUACAGCUGCGUUUCUAAUGCAUGAGGAGGGACCAAACAAGCAACGAUCGCGCCCCUCGCGUGCACUGAAUGUUAUUGAACUUAUUGUUGAUGUUAUGUUUAUUAUUGACUUAAUAGUUAAUCUACGCACAACAUAUGUGAAACAUAAUGAAGAAUUGGUAACACGUGCGAGUAAAAUUGCGAAACAUUAUCUAAAAGGAUGGUUUUUGAUUGAUGUCACAGCAGCAAUACCAUUCGAUAUACUUUUUUCAUUAUUACAAACAAAUGGUGGGGGCGAAUCGACCACUUUGAUGGGAUUAUUAAAAACCGCACGUCUAUUGAGAUUAGUACGUAUCGCAAGGAAGCUGGAUCGAUAUUCGGAAUAUGGGGUGGGAGUUCUAAUCUUACUAACGGCUACAUUUGCACUAAUUGCACAUUGGCUUGCUUGUAUAUGGUAUGCUAUUGGCCGUCUUGAACGAAACAAUCACGGCAAUGAACGAUUGAUUGGAUGGUUAGCGGAAUUAGCUAAUCAUACGCAUCAAUAUUAUAACGAUUCAGAUCCUAAUUCUGGCCCGACAAAAACAUCCAAAUAUAUAACUGCAUUGUAUUUCACUUUCUCAUCUCUUACUUCAGUGGGCUUUGGCAAUGUGAGCUUGAUGUUUUUAGGAUUACGUAUAACGUGGCUUGAUGAAUUAGCACGUAUAUCUGGUCAACCAUAUGAUUGUUCGUUCGUAAUCAAACCUAAUGCUACACGUUUGUUAGAGCAAACAUGUACUGGAGGACCGAAUCUUCGUUCAAAAUAUAUCACUGCACUUUAUUUUACUUUUUCAUCUCUUACGUCAGUUGGAUUCGGCAAUGUCAGUCCGAAUACAAAUUCGGAGAAGAUCUUUUCCAUCUGUAUCAUGUUAAUCGGAUCUCUAAUGUAUGCCAGUAUAUUUGGUAAUGUCAGUGCUAUUAUCCAGAGAUUAUAUUCCGGUACGGCACGUUAUCAAAUUCAGAUGUUAAGAGUGAAAGAAUUUAUUCGUUUUCAUCAAAUUCCCAAUCCACUUCGCCAACGAUUGGAAGAUUAUUUUAAUCACGCAUGGAACUAUACAAAUGGUAUUGACAUGAAUAUGGUGCUGAAAGGUUUUCCGGAAUGUUUGCAAGCGGAUAUUUGUCUACAUUUGAAUAGUCAAUUAUUGAAAAAUUGUUCAGCAUUCAAAGACGCUAGUGAAGGUUGUUUGCGUACAUUUUCAAUGAAGUUCAAGACGACUCAUGCACCACCCGGCGAUAUUAUAACACAUCGCGGAGAUAUUCUAACAUCAUUAUAUUUUAUAUCACGUGGUUCGAUCGAAAUUUUAAAAGACGAUAACGUUGUGGCUAUUCUUAGUAAAGAUGACAUACUCGGAGAGAACCCGUUGUUGUAUAGUGAACCAGGCAAAUCAGCGUAUAAUGUUCGAGCAUUAACGUAUUGCGAUUUACAUAAAAUUUUGCGAGAUGAUCUCCUGGAAGUUAUCGACAUGUAUCCUGAAUUUGCACAGAGCUUUUGUGAAAAUCUGAAGAUUACUUUAACGUUGCGCGAUGAGGAACUAGUAACACAAUCCAAUGAAUGCCGUUCGAAAUUCAUCUCUAACCCUCAGCCACUACGAACAAGUGCGUCGUGUAAUCGAACGGAUGAUGAGAACUUAUCAAUUAUGAGUCCACACUUCGAUGAUUGUACCAGUGGAACAGGUAAAAGAAAAUCUCGUAUUAGACAUUCUUCGCAGUGGAUUCUUGAAAAAGUAAAACACAACGCUUAG